GGGGCGCGUGGUCCGCGAGGGUUCGGAGGUCCAUGGGGAAGGCCAGGGACACGCGGUCCACGAGGGUUCCGGGGUUCACGGGGAAAGCCAGGGGCGCGGGGUUCGCGAGGACUCCAGGAUCCGCAGGGAAGGCCCAGGGCUGCGCAGUCCGCGAGGGGGUUAGAGGGUCCACAGAGAGGGUCCGGAAGCAUGCUCUUUGCUGUUCCCAGGGAACGCCGACCGGUGGUGGAGAGAGCUGCCCAGCCAGGAGCCCCAGGGAGUCGGGGGAGGCAAGGGUCUGUGUCGGUCUUGGGCAUGGUCGUUACCCAGAGAAGCAUCACUAAUGCAGAACCCAGACUUCCUCUGGAAUGGCUUAAGUCAAAAUCUGGAGGAGCCUGUUCUGUGUGGCAGUAGUGCCGAAAUUUCUUUUUUUUUUUUUUUUUUUCUUUUAGUAAGAAAUAUGGGAAAGACUUAUCCCUGGAGAAGGUAACCUUCUUCAGGGUCAUGGUCAUGGUGAAUGUGAGUGGAUGGGGACAAGCUGUGGGGUUUUAAAAUAAUCUUUGUACGGGUGGGUAGUGUUGAGUCUCCCCUGGGGUACUAGGAGCUAGACAGAGCACCAUUCUAAAACGGAGACAGAUGAGAGAGGAAAGCAUCGUGGCCAGCCUGCUUUCUCUAAGAGAUGCUUAGAAUCAGGCCUCCAAGGAGAGGGAGGCUCUGCUUACUCCUUCCUGGCUGGAGACUGGUGUUCUGCAAGCUCUGCAGAAGAGCGUGAAGGCCCCUGUGAAAGUGCCCCCGGGAGGCCCAGCCCGGGCUCUGUCCAUCUGGGGCUCCUCCCCCACCAGCACGUGGUUGACCCUGUUCGGACGCCCAUUCUGAACGACGGACUCGCAGCUUUGCUGAUUUCACGGGGCACAGCGAGGAGCACGCGAAUCCGAGGGUCCCGUACUGCUCCUGCCCGGUCUGGCACAGAACCUGACCACAUGCUGCAGCCGCAAAACGCCCAAGUUCAGACGUACCAGUAAUGCACCAUGCCAAUCGUCGAUAAAUUGAAGGAAGCCCUGAAACCUGGCCGCAAGGACCCGGCUGACGAUGGAGAGCUGGGGAAGCUUCUGGCCUCCUCUGCCAAGAAGGUCCUUUUACAGAAGAUCGAGUUCGAGCCAGCCAGCAAGAGUUUCUCCUAUCAGCUGGAGUCAUUAAAGAGCAAAUAUGUCUUGCUGAACCCUAAAACGGAGGGAGCCAGUCGCCACAGGAGUGGAGACGAGCCACAGGCCAGGAGACAGGGCAGCGAGCAUGCGUACGAGAGUGGCGGUGAUGGUGUCCCCGCCCCACAGAAAGUGCUCUUCCCCACGGAGCGGCUGUCUCUGAAGUGGGAGCGGGUUUACCGCGUGGGAGCGGGGCUGCACAACCUGGGCAACACCUGCUUCCUGAACUCGACCAUCCAGUGCUUGACCUACACCCCGCCUCUGGCCAACUACCUGCUCUCCAAGGAGCAUACUCGCAACUGUCACCAGGGCAGCUUCUGCAUGCUGUGCCUCAUGCAGAACCACAUGGUGCAGGCCUUCGCCAACAGCGGCAACGCCAUCAAGCCCGUCUCCUUCAUCCGGGAUCUGAAAAAGAUUGCUCGGCAUUUUCGCUUCGGAAACCAGGAGGAUGCACACGAGUUUCUCCGGUACACCAUCGAUGCCAUGCAGAAGGCCUGUUUGAACGGCUGUGCCAAGUUGGAUCGCCAAACACAGGCUACUACUUUGGUCCAUCAAAUUUUUGGAGGCUAUCUCAGAUCACGUGUGAAGUGCUCGGUGUGCAAGAGCGUCUCGGACACGUACGACCCCUACCUGGACGUAGCACUGGAGAUCCGGCAAGCUGCUAAUAUUGUGCGCGCUCUGGAACUGUUUGUGAAACCAGAUGUCCUGAGUGGAGAGAACGCCUACAUGUGUGCAAAAUGCAAGAAGAAGGUCCCAGCCAGUAAGCGCUUCACGAUCCACAGAGCGUCCAACGUUCUGACCCUGUCCCUCAAGCGCUUUGCCAACUUCAGCGGGGGGAAGAUCACGAAGGAUGUGGGCUAUCCGGAAUUCCUGAACAUCCGUCCAUAUAUGUCCCAGAGCAAUGGAGAGCCUGUCAUGUACGGGCUGUAUGCGGUCCUGGUCCACUCUGGCUAUAGCUGCCACGCAGGCCACUACUACUGCUACGUGAAGGCAAGCAAUGGACAGUGGUACCAGAUGAACGAUUCUCUGGUCCAUUCCAGCAACAUCAAGGUGGUUCUGAACCAGCAGGCCUACGUGCUCUUCUAUCUGCGAAUUCCAGGCUCUAAGAAGAGUCCUGACGGCUCGCUCUCCAGGACUGUCUCCUCCCUUCCCGGCCGUCCAGGUGUGGUUCCAGACCACUUCAAGAAGAACAUUGGCAACGGGACUGUUGGCUCCCCGCUGACUGGAAAGCGACUAGACUCUGGGACGAUGAGGAAGCUGCCGGCCACUGAGGAGCUCGGCGUGCCCAUUUCCAGGAACAGCUCCAUGUCGGCUCUGAAGUCUCAGAAUGGAUACGUUCCUCCAAAGCCACUUGUGGGGUCCCCUUCCCCCCGACUCUCCAAAACACCCCCCAACACACCAGCCAUUCUAGAUGAGCCUGGAAAGAAAGUCAAGAAAUCGACUCCCCCGCAUCACCUCUCCCCGUCACGCCAAACUGCUCAGGGCUUCCACAGUACCAGCAACGGGAGCGGCAGCAGGAGCGAGAGCCACAGGCAGGGCUCCUGGGACGGCAGGGGUGCCGCCCUCUCUACCUCACCUAGGCUCCCGGCUGGAGUGACUGCCAAUGGGCAUGGGCCCAAGGCGGGUGGCGAGAGCCCCGAGCUCGAUAGGAGGGAUUCCAGCAGCUCCAGCCCAGAGCGCUCUGCCAGCAGUGACCCCGCCAAGGCCCCCCAGACGCCCAAGAACGGAGCUGCCCACUUGGGUGAUUCUCAGGGAACACAGGCUUCCGCUGCUGGCCACUCCAGAGCGCUGCCAGGUGGAGAAGACGAUGGGCUGGUGAAGCCCAAGUCCCCUGUCCUGAGCAGCAGCGCCACCGAACCCGCAAACAUCAUGUCUCCUCCACCAGCCAAAAAACUGGCCCUUUCUGCCAAGAAGGCCAGCACCCUGCGGAGGGCAGUCGGCAGUGACCUCCGUCCACCCCUCUCACCACUGUCCGACCUCACCUACCCCAGGAAAACCACUCACCCCGUCGUCGCCGCCUCCUGGCCUGUGUGUGCAAUCAGGGCGCUGUCACCUGCCCCCAGACCAUCCAGCCACCCGAAGCUCCCCGUCGGCCCCCGCUCCGCAUCACUGGCCGGUAGCCCCCGACCUCCUGGGACGCCAGACCCACAGCGCUGCUCCUCCGCUUCUGCUCCCCCGCCGCAGGUCAAUGGGGGCGUCCGGGCCCCUCCACACCAGCUGCCAGAGGCCAGCACGUCCCCCCAGAGCCUCUGUAAGAAGAGGAAAAGGAACCGCGGGGGAGAGAGCCAGGGGCAGGGCUCAGAGAUGGGCACGGCAGCGGCAGCCUGUCCGGGGAAGAGGAGGAGGAGGAAGAGGAAACGCACGGAGGCCGUGGAAGCCUCCCCCCUGCGGGAGGGGCAGAGGCCGAGGCAGCAGCGGACCCCUGAGCACGGGAAGGAGGCCCAGACGGAGGUGCCCGCCGACAGCCUGGAGGACGAGGGCGGACGGCAGCAAGAGGACGGCCGGCCAGUGGGGAGCGUGACCGACGGCCACCCUGUGAGCAGCAGGAAGAGGAGGCGGCAGGGAGCGGAGGGCCUCGGUGCGCAAGACUGCCUCCGGCAAGACCCACCGUGGCGCAGGAGCUGCCCUCCCUUGGACAUCGUCGCGCUAGAGGCCACUGUAGCAUCUCCAAGGAAAAAGAAAAAGAAAAAACGACAGCAGGAGCCACAGCAGGAAGUAGGAGAGAGCAAGCACCCUGAAGGCUGCAGGGGCGAGAGGCAGAGGGGCUCUUCUCUGCCCGGGAGCCCGCCCUCCCCUGCUGUGAAUGGCAGGUGCCCUGGGGAUGGAGCAGGGCAGGCACCGGCUCCUCUUGUGUCCUGGAACAGAGAGAGGGAGUCCGACGUGCUCCAGGAACUGCUCAAGUACUCGUCGGAUACAGCUUACGGGAGGAAAGUGUUGACGUGGGGCGGCGAGGUGUCGGCUGUCAGUCAGGAUGCCAUUCAGGACAGCAGAUGGGCCCGCGCGGCCACGGUGAUCGACGCCUGGGACGAAGAGUUCGAUCGAGGGAAGGAAAAGAAAGUGAGAAAGUUCAAAAGAGAGAAGAAAAGAACUUACAACGCCUUCCAGAAACUUCAGAGUAGACGGAACUUUUGGUCUGUGACUCAUCCAGCUAAGGCUACCAGCCUCAGCUACCGCCGCUGACUUUGCUGCUGUCGAGAUGGCCUCUGGAGACGAGGUGUCCUUCCUGGGCCCUGUCCGUCUGAACCGAAGAGCGGCCUUGUUGAGGACCCCGCUGCCCCAUCGCUGCCAGGCUCACGGUGUGGGAGGGCCGCCCACGCAUCUGGGCUUCGUCGAAUCGGACCUCUGGCGUCGCAGCGCGCACUGUGACAGACCCCACGGUGACGUGUACUACGGGUGGCAGCACCCUGACUGGGAACCUGGACAGCGGUGCGUGUGGUCUGUGGGCGAGCGCAGGGGAGGAUGGCAGCACCCCUCCCGGCGCGUCCUCGAGUGAGCGAGUGCCCGCAGGGGGACGGUGUGCGCCAGGCCCCUCUUGGGAGCCGUCCGUCCCCUGCUGCUGGCGGCCAGCGCUGCCGUCUGGUCCUGCCCCCCUUGUUUCCGCAGGGCAGGGGCUCUGUAUGCCUUACGUGUCCCCCUCAGAAAGGCCCAAGGCCGCCCACCCCACGCGCCUCCCUUUUCUGGAGCUGGGGGGCAGCGCUGCCAGUGCGUCCCUCCCUUGCAAGACUCUAGAGCAUCUCUGGAGAGCAAAGGCUCCUGUGGGGUGGGGGGCUUGAAACGACGUCUGACACGUCUGCCUUCCCAGCUGCUGCUGACUCUGAGGCGGCUGUGCCAUGCCUUCCCUGCCGCUGCAGCGACCGCGGGGCUUCGGGGCUUCAUCGAGGCGGUGGUCUCGGGGUAGAACUCUUUUAGUUUACUACUGCAGAGAGACGUUCGUUUUGCCCAGGUCUGUGGCUUCCAUUAGCAAUACAUUUCUUUUCCUUAAUAUGCAAUACUGGCUUUAUUGGCUCAAUUUUGUGAGUGCUUUUGAAUUUAGAUGAUUGUAUGACUCAAGAUCACUUUUUUAUCUUACUCAAGCUGUGCCUGCGAACUUGUAAUUUAAUAAAUAUGGGAAGCCCUCAGUUAGGGUGACAUUUUCCAGAGAACAGACACAUGACCCAGUAGUGGAGGGUAUAGAGGUCAGUACGACGGUGACUCCACGGAGAUACGUCUCCGCUUGCUCCUCUAGACCGCCACACGGGACGGACUGGCGUCUGACAUGGACGUCUGCCCUCCACAGUGGUUCUUCAUGGUCUGAGGCCUGCUGAUGGCCUGGUCUGGCACCCCUGUGCCACCCGAGCCUUGCCACUUGCUCUGGGGCUUGGGGGGGGGAUCAGAAAAAAGUGUUAGAUUUUUCACAGGGUGGGGGUGAGGAGAUAGGUUAAUUUUUUCAUGUAGGUAGUUCUUUCUGAUUUUUCUUCCUGUUCUUACAUUUCUCUUUGAAAAAGGUGGGGAGAAUAAUGAUGCCCGUAGCCUGAACUGGGGCUGCCUCUGCUCCCAGCAGGAAGUGAGCAGGGCACUGGCUGCAUACGCCGGUCUGGGAGCCUUUUGGUCUUUUCUCAGAGGACAGAUUUCUCAGUGUUAACCACACCUUUUCCAAAGAUGAGGGUCGUCCCCCACCCCCGCCCUACCCCUGGAGCCCUGUGGCUUCGUCCUCUGCCGCUUUGGGAGGGAAGGCAGGUGCCUUUACGGGCAGGGCAUUUUUUUUCCUCUUUCGGUGUUGACCUUCAUUCCUGUACGGCCCUAUUUUUCUGUAAUGUUCUGUAGUUGAAAAGGGAAAUCAUUGUCUGCAGCACAGAGUUUAUCUCUUUUCUUGCUCCCUCCUCUUCAAACCAGGCUCUUCCCUUCUCUGCUAUGUAAUUAUGAAACCUUUUCCUGAGGAAAACAUGCCUGUCGUGUCUUGGGUGGUGCUGAGCACUGGCCUGACUGUCUGCAGCAUUUAUCACUGUUCGUAGGGGCGAGCCCUUCCCUCCCACACCGGUCAUCAGCCAAACUGGGAAGGGAAAGGAUGGGCCCAGAAAAUCAGUCCAAACUCUAGGGGACGUGUAAAUAUAUAAAUAUAUAUGAAUAACUAAAGCUUUUAUAACAGCGGUCACUUGGUUGACUUAGAACGUGGGUAUAAUUUAACUUUAUGUUGGGGGGGUCGCCUCUCCUGGUGGUCCCGUGUGGCCUCACUCACCUGCCUUUUCCUGGUGGGCUCAGUCUGCCACGUCCCCAUGUGCUCCAAGGGCUGAGGUGCCCCUGAUGUUGCCAAGAUCCUGGUGCAAUAAAACGAGUUUUCGUGA